AUGAAAGAGAAUAAAAUAAUAAAAUUGGUGCAUGUUGCAUGGCGUGAACGAUGGUCGGACUCACAAUGGGGCAUAAAUAUAAAAAAUGUAAUACCUCGAGGUGUUAGCGGCGAUGUUUACAAUUUAUCCGACUGUAUUCUACAACAGGCCUUGAUUGGAUCCACUGCUAAUCCUAUGAUUUUAAAUUAUUUAAAACAUUCAUUGUGUGCCCACUUAGUUUCAUAUGCCGCCGUGCUGAGGCGUAUUGCAAAAUAUGAACAUUUCGAUCGAAUUUAUUGCCUGACCUCGUUAUUGGAUUUUGUCGAUUCAAUUUUAGAUGGUGUUUCAUGUCGCACCAAAGCCGAAGAAUCAAUGUUGCCUGGUGCAAUUGUUUCUUUUGUCGAUUGGUUAAUGCACAUCUUUGCCACGAUUACCACCAGCUACGAAAUGAAUCGUGAACUAAGUGCAGAACAUUCAUAUUUGUUUGAUCAGUGUUGUGCGGUUAUUGAAAAGCUAGUUAAGAAUCAAUUUAUACUGGCGAUUCUGUUUGUGGGAAGACAAGAGGCGCCCGAUAAUUAUAGUAAAAUACGUGAAAAUUAUGCCACAAUCAAGACAUCUUUGACAAAUUCAAAUUUUACACCACCUCAUCCGUGUGUUGAGAAAUAUCUUCAACAAUUGGCAUACAUAGAUGUCCAUCAUUUGGAUAUGAAGAUACUUGAUGUCCAGCCGUUGCCAGAACCAAUAUCGUAUUGUGUGCAACCCUUGUUGGCAGUGGAAGUUUUACUGAAUCCUUGCAAUGAUACAUCAUAUUAUGUAGCCGAAAUGCAAAUGUUGCAGCGAUUGAAAAAGUUUUCCAAUACUCGUCUCUAUUAUGAAAUAAUACGUGCUGGUUUUGUGUCGUUGAGUAGUUCGGUAACAAGUCAUGACACCAUUUGGGGUGCAUUUACCUUUUUCAAGGUUCCACAGAUUAUAAAACAGUUACAUGCGCAAAAUAGAGCUCCUUCUGAACAAACCCCAACUGAUUAUAUCCCAGAAGUCGUUGAGGCGUUUGAAAUGCUUCUUGAGGAUAAUCUCCUUUUGGAUUUAAUGGAUUCAAAAUGUUCUUGUAACAUCAUUGAUUUUACACUUAAUGAUUGGGCCAAACAGCAUUUGGUCAGUGAGGUUCAUGUCAAACAUUUUGCCGCCCAACGAGAACAGGAAGCCUCAUUGCUUUUGCAAAAACGUGAAUGGGGUAAUCAAACAAAUUCCAUAAUUAAUUAUAUUAUACGUGCUGAAGUUCCAUUGUCGGGUAUUUUGAAGACACUUUGCGCAGAUUACAAUAAAAUGCAAGAGGCAUUGUUGGGAGUACUGUGUCAAGUGUUAGUGGGUAACAGUUUCGAUUUAAUAUUAUCUGUGGGCGCUGUCGAAGGCCGCUUAAAAACAUUCGUACAACGUCUAAUACAAUGCAAUGAAAAUUCUAAACAAAUCCCAGGCGAAGUGGGCAAAACGAAUAUCAUACGUUCUGCAUUUUUUGAUGUUUCAUUUCUGAUGUCGAUCUCCAUUGUUCAGACAUAUGGUUCCCAUGCUGUCCUCCCAGAUAAUGGUGAUACCUUUAUUGAGAAAUGGGUACGGGAUUAUAUGGUUGAACGAAAUAAACCAAAAAAUCCCCGCAAUAUGAUUGCAAUGUGCGAUGAUAAUAUUGUGGAAGAGUUAUUGUUGACCUUCAGCAAGCCCGAUGCACAAAUUAAAAACUCUAAUCUAACAUGGCAAGAUAUUUGUAUUAAUAUACCCGGCGUUAUUAAUCAUGUUCUGAGCUCAUGGGAAAAAGAAACGUUGUCGGCGGCCGAUGUUAAGAAUAUAUUGGAUAAUAUAAAGAGGCGUAUGUUUACAUUUUCUGUCUGUGCAACGGCAUUCUUGAGGGCGUAUAUGCAUUCCGUAACAGAUAAAGAUCUUUUGAAACCACUAAAUAUGAUUCAGCAAUUUCUUACCCCACCGGGUAAUGAGGAAAUGUCCGCACAGGAAUAUGUUAAAGAACGAUUAGGUCUGUCUUUUCAAAUUAUACGAAAAAUGCAAUAUGACGCCCAUCCGACAGGCAGUUUAAAGUCACGCAUUCUGACAUUAACACAAAAUUUGGUGUCUCGGAACCCAUUAGUUGAACAGUUCAAAGAAGUUUGGAGUACCAUAGCCAAUCAUGGCUGGGUACCACCAAGGGCUGCCCAAGUUCUGGAAUCCCUAUUGCAUGCUGGCGGACCAGCAUGGCUUUCUUCGCAAUUGGUUGAAGAAAUGCUGAAAUGUAAAUAUAAAAAGGAUAUGAUGAAGGCAAUGGACAUAAUUUUUGCAAUUUCCCAUUUGGAUAUUGAACGUAUCACAGAGGCUCUGCUAACCAAUGUUGUACCAUCGAUUAUCAACAAUCGUCAAGGAGAGGACGUCAAUGAACCCCACUCCUAUGUCUUAGCAAGAUUAUGUGUUUAUUGUGUUAUAUCGGCAUUGGAGACACGCAAUCAACCACUCCAAAAGAAACGUUCACGCUCCCAUGACGGGGAUGAUCAUGAACUAAAUAAUGCGGCUAAAAUGCGUAAAAUUGCAACCGAUGGUUCAGACAAUUCCUGUUCCAACGAUUUUCUUACCGAAAACAGUUUACUGCUAGGCUCUAGCAUAACGGCAUUACAUGCAAAUAAUAUGCAUGAUACCGCAGCAGCACAAUUAAAAGAACCCCUGCAAUCAUCAAUACAAUAUAUUUUUAAAAUAUUUCAACAUUUUGUUGCCAGUGAUGAACUAUCACCAAAAAUAUAUUUUGUCUAUCAGUUCAUAACACUACUCGUCGAGUGUGGUAAAGAACGUGCCAGACCAAUACUUAAAUUAUUGCCAGCAAAUCUUAUGCAUAAUUUAUUGAAAUUAAUGUUAACCGAUGACAUUAAUGUCGGUUUGAUUGCAAGACUUUAUGAUUUGGGUUUGAAUACUGGUCGACAAGCAGCUGUCUCAGAUUUAUGUUUGUGGCGAAAUAUCAAAUUAAAACAACAAAGCAUUCAAUUAUAGGAUCAAUAGGUCAUAUAAAUCUUUCAACA